ACAGUUCUCAUUUUAACCCCAAGCGCCACAAUUCCCACCAAAAAUUUCAUUCUGGCGCUAUUGAAAACUAAAAAUUGAGAUCCCCAAAUUUUUAUUUCCCACACUGUCUUUUAACUCCAGAUCUCGUAACUGGGGUCGAGCGAUCGAUCAUCGCCGAUUAUGGCGGAGAUCUGCUCAGAACUCUUCAGAUCCUCCGCAUCUCCGUCCUUGUUCUGGUCACCACCGCCGCCGUCUACCUCGGCAAGCAUUUUUAUGACGGCGAAUACCCAUAGUUGGUCUUUUUCAACUCAUCGACUCCCGUCACAGCCUCCUUCUCAGCCGUCUCCAUCUCCCCCAACGCUAACCUCACCUUCAACAUCUCCAAUCUGAGCCCUCCACCUCCGCCGCUGGCGAGGUACGAGGUCGUCGAUGGGAACGGGACGAUGAGGACCGACUUUAAAUGUCGGCGAGUUCGAUCCGGAUCUGUCUGAGAUCGUCGGUGGAGGUGGCGGAGGAGGCGGUGUGAAUGAGAUGGGGGAGGACACUAGGGUUAAGGUUAAAAUUGGGAGGUUUAGGGUUUGCGAUGAGGGGAUGAGGGAGUAUAUACCGUGUUUGGACAAUGUGGCUACGAUCAAGAAGCUGAAGUCGAUGGAGAGAAGGGAGAGGUUCGAGAGGCACUGUCCUGAGAAGGAUUGCUUGGUUCCGGCGCCAAAGGGUUAUAAGGCACCGGACCCGUGGCCGCAUAGCAGAGAUGAGAAAUUCAGUCUUCACUUAAUGCUCAAUGCGGAUAGAGAAUUCCUUGCUCAGAAAACUGCACCACAUCAUGAUUUUUAUAAUGUCAGGAAGGUUGAUACUCAUGUACAUCACUCAACAUGCAUGAAUCAGAAACAUAUUUUACGAUUCAUAAAGUCAAAAUUGAAAAAGGAACCUAACGAGAUCAAGGAUGGGUUUGAUGAUGGGAAGGAUCUGGUUGUGACUGUGAUGUCUGCUAUGUGAGAGGAACAAAUCUGUGCUCUGAAGGACAUUGGCCCCCAAAACUAAGCUUCUCGAGCUUUUUAGUAUCAAGACCAUAUAUAGACUCCUCCUUAAGUUUGAAUUUAGUAUCAAAGAUUAUAGAUAUAUCUCCUUUCAUUCCUCUUGUAAAUAAAUAUAUAAAUAGAAAAUUAGUUAUUAUCUAUGUAAACAAUUUAUGUAUCGCUCUAGUAUUUUGGUGAAUGUAUUAUUUGCAUAUAAUUGGAUUUGAUAUUAGAAUAUAAUUAGAUUGUGUUGGA